AUGAAUAAACUAGUAUUUAAAUAUUUUAGAAAAGCGAGGAACAUUCACACAACAUCUCUCCGUAGAGAUUCAGAUGAUACAGGACCGCUAAUAAAAAAAAAUAGGAAAUUUUUUGACCUAAAGCUGUUCAGGCAACAUUUGAGAAGACAGAAAACAGAAGAAAUCGAAAAUGAAAAGAGAGAAAUUUUAAAAAGUUGUGCAAAAGAUGCACCGGAAAAUUGGGAUAUCAAAAAGUUCUUAAGUAAAAUAGAGAUUGGUGAAAACAUAGAAGAAAUAGAAAAAUCCUUUAAAAACUGGACACAUUUCAUCACAAUAACGCCAAAGGAGUUAUAUGCAAUGGAGUGUUUAACAAAUGAACAAAGAAGGAAAAUAUGGAAAUAUAUAAAUAAAUUUAAUUAUGGAUUAUAUCCUGAAGAUUCCUAUGACGAUUUCGUUCGCAAUUUUCAAGCCCCUCCUCUUGAAAAUGAAAACAAACCAUGGUCAAAGGAAGAUGAAGAGCAAUUUGAAUUUUACUUAAAUUAUUUCGAUGUACAUUUUGGGGAUCCAUGGUUAUAUAUUUCUUGGAAAAUGAAAAGAACAUUUGAUGAUGUUCAAAAUAAAUAUAUCGAAUUAUAUUUGAAAAAAAAAAAUAAAAAAAGAAAAUGUGAAAUUUGUCUUACAAAAUCCACUACCCCUUUACUAAUGAAUAGAAAAUUUAAAUUGGACCCACCUUUUAUAUUUUUUAUUCCUUCUUCGCAUAAUUUCCCUCCAAUGAGUAUAUAUGAUUAUUAUAAUAAAAGGGAAUUAUUAUCCUCUAAAUAUAAUCAUCCACAGGCUCACAAUAUCCAAACGAAAAAAAAUGAUUCUUUACCUCCACAUCGAGUGGAACAAGAUUCUUUAUACCCAUCCUAUGGUUCUUUCAUUUUUUCUUCCAGAUUUUUGCCUUACGUGGAUAAGUCUUGUUUUUAG